AUACGUUCUCUGCAGCAACUAAAAACAAAAGCUUUUGCGGUAAACAGCUGUGAGCUGUCAGAAGCCAUUAGAAAGUUAACAAAGCGGGGUUUUGAGUUCACAGUUUGAAGGGACAGAUGUAGAAUAAUAUUUAGGCGAUGUCAAGAACAAUAAUAAUAUAGGAAGAUAAGUGAAUAUACUAUAUUUUAAAAUGAAAAACGCCAAUAAACUACAAAUAGUGUAUCCCGAUGAAGAGCAUGGUGUGCGGCAUCCACACUGCCCACAUGGACCAACACUGCUGUUCCAAACAUUCAAUCAAUUGGCAGAUAAACCAACCUCUGCUUAUUAUGCAUGUGCAGCGCAUCGGGAUAAAAGUUUGUGCAACUUUCAAUUUCCGGCAGAACAAAUAACGCCACAGAAAUUGACAAAACGUUAUGAUUUAGAAAGUCACAUUAAUUCUUACAAGAAGCAGCGGCAAAAGUUGUUAGCAGGCUACAACGAUGGUGGACUUCACUACUGUCUACAUUGCAAUGUACCAUUAUUACGUGAUAAUCAUACAGAACAUGCCGCUCAUGAAAUGAUUUGGAAUUUAGCACAUGAACUACUUUGCGAUCCAACUCGGUUCCUACGCCCACUGGAUGAUGAUAAGUCUCAGGCGCAAUACUUCUUCGAUAACAAGGCGUUAAAAUUUUUUGGAAACUGUUUUCAGGACUUGGGUGUAACUAAGGUGGUCUGCAUGGGUGCUCCGCGUUUGCACGCUUUUUUUCGUAAUAACUUCUCCGAUAUGCAAAGCUUUUUAUUGGAUUUUGAUCAUCGCAUGUUUUUUUUCUAUGACGAUAAUAAUUUUGCGUGGUAUAAUAUGUGUAACAACCAUUUUUUCGAUAAACUUCAGCGUUUAAAAUUCGAAAAGUUUUUAAAGUGUAAACCCAAGGAUAAGUUGUUAAUAUUUACGGAUCCACCUUUUGGUUGUCGCACAGAACCGAUAGCCGGCACUUUGAGACAGCUUACGCAUACAUUCAAUUUACUGAAUAACCUACCUCAUCAACCGUUGGCAAUAUUUUGGAUAUUUCCUUAUUUUUCUGAACAUUACAUACAAAAAGAAAUGCCGCAUAUGCGCAUGUGUGAAUACAAAGUUAAUUACACCAAUCAUGGCGCAUACACUAAUGUAGGCGAGAAGUGUCGCAAGCUCGGUUCGCCAGUGCGUGUCUUCACGAAUGUGCGUUUGGAAUUGUUACAUUUGCCGGUUGAAGAGGAGUACAAAUAUUGUGCCUUAUGCCAGCGUUACACAGCAUUAGAAAACCGUCAUUGUGCUAAGUGUGGCAAUUGUCCGUCAAAAAACGGCAGCACUUAUCGUCACUGUGAGCUUUGUGGGUGUUGUGUCAAGCCCAACUAUGUUCAUUGUAUAAAUUGCAGACGCUGCACGCAGGCGGAAGAACAUGAGUGUCAAAUGUAUCAAGCAAAUCAGCAUUGUUGGAUCUGUUUGCAGAAAGGCCAUACAGAAUUGAUGUGUGCCAUGUGGCGUAAGCAUCAUAAGGACGUUGGGUUUGUUAACAGAGGUGACCAAAUAAUCAUGUGUCUGUUGUGUAAAAGAAAGGGUCACAAUGAACGAAAUUGUAGGCGGCGUAACAAGUACCUCGAAGAAUUAACCUUUAUGGGCGUAACAGAAGUUAAAAUAAAGUAAUUUAAUAUAUUCAAGUUUAAGUACUGUUUUUUUUCUUAAAUACAUUUACAACGAACAAUUAACUUUAUUUAAUACUUAAGUUUAACUUUAGUGUUUACAUACAAUAUUAAACAGCUAGUGGUUUUAUGUUUUUCUAAGUUAACUGCAUCCGAAAUUGCGAAAUAAAUAAAAUGUUUUCCGUUCUA